GAGUGCUUGGAGAGUAAAGGAGAGCCCUGCAGGGUGGGACUCUUUAGUUUCUAUUUCCUCCAGUGGCCGCAGUGAGGGGUGGAGGAGGGGACUCCCUUUUGAACAUUCCCGAAAGUGAUGUGGGUUGGGCAGGCAGGGUGAGCUGCAGGCGCCAGAACACUGAUUGCAUAAAAGCUUGGAGAUUGUGGGGGGUUGAGGACAGCAAAGGGCAGUGACACCAGGUCUGGAGCGUCAGCUCGAACAGAGGCAGCCUGAGCUUUCCUCCUGUCACCAUGGGGAGCAGCGUCCACCCAGCUCUCUGCCUGGUUUCCUUGUUCCUGGGCCUCUGGUCUGCAGGUGUGAAGUCUGCAGUUCUGACUCAAAUUUCCUGCACUCUGGAAGGAGUGGACAUCAAAGGGGGUACCUUCCGGCUUCUCAAGGGGGGCCUGGUGCUGGCGUAUGAGUGUCCCUCUGGCUUCUACGCUUACCCUGUACAGGCCCGCACCUGCAGCAUCACGGGUUCCUGGAGCGACCUCAAGACCCAGGACCAAAAGAUCGUCAAGAAAGCUGAAUGCAGAGCAAUUCGCUGCCCAAGACCACAGAGCUUUGAGAAUGGGGACUACUGGCCCCGGGCCCUCCACUACAAUGUGAGUGAUGAGCUCCAGUUUCACUGCUAUGAUGGUUACACUCUCCGGGGCUCUGCCAAUCGUACCUGCCAGCCAAACGGCCGAUGGAGUGGACAGACGACCAUCUGUGAUGAUGGAUCAUCGUACUGCCCCAACCCGGGCAUCCCUCUUGGCACAAGGAAGGUGGGCAGCCAGUACCGCCUUGAAGACAGUGUCACCUACUACUGCAGCCGGGGGCUCACUCUGCGUGGCUCUCAGCAGCGCACAUGCCUGGAAGGUGGCUCUUGGAGUGGAACAGAGCCUUCCUGCCAAGAUUCCUUUAUGUACGACAGCCCUGAAGAAGUGGCAGAAGCCUUCCUGUCUUCACUGACAGAGACUGUGGAAGGAGUUGAGGCUGAAGACGGCCACAACCCAGGGGACCAACAGAAAAGGAAGAUUGUCCUGGACCCCUCUGGCUCUAUGAACAUCUACCUGGUGCUGGAUGGAUCAGACAGUAUUGGUGCUCAGAAUUUCACUCGAGCUAAGAAUUGUCUCAGAGAUUUCAUCGAGAAGGUGGCCAGUUACGGGGUGAAACCCAGAUAUUCUCUACUGUCGUAUGCAACAGAAGUCAAUGUCUUGAUCCGAGUGACGGAGGAAGAGAGCAGUAAUGCAGACUGGGUGACAAAAGCUCUCAAUAAAAUCAGCUAUGAAGAUCACAAACUGAAAUCAGGGACUAAUACCAAGAAGGCCCUGCAUUUGGUGUAUAGCAUGAUGAGCAACUAUAAGGAAAAGUUCUCUGAAAACUGGAACCGCACCCGCCACGUCAUCAUCCUCAUGACAGACGGCUUGUACAACAUGGGUGGAGACCCAGUCCCCGUUAUUCAUGAUAUCAGGAGUCUGCUGGAAAUUGGCAUCAACCACAAAACCCCCAGAGAAGAUUAUCUGGAUGUCUAUGUCUUUGGAGUUGGGCCUCUGGUGAGCGAACAGAACAUCAAUGCUUUAGCUUCUAAGAAGGAUAAAGAACAACAUGUGUUCAGAGUCAAGGACAUGGAAAACUUGGAGGAUGUCUUCAUCCAAAUGCUUGAUGAAACCCGGACUCUGGGUCUCUGUGGCAUGGUUUGGGAGCACAAAGACGCCUCAGAUAAUCACAAGCAGCCCUGGCAUGCCAGGAUCUCAGUGACUCGUCCUUCAAAGGGACAUGAGCAAUGCAUGGGGGCAGUGGUGUCCGAGUACUUUGUGCUGACAGCAGCACACUGCUUCACAGUGGAUGAUCCGGCCCAUCUAAUCAAGGUUAGCGUAGGAGGGCUAAAGAAGGAAUUUGAGAUAGAAGAAAUUCUAUUUCAUCCCAACUACAACAUCUAUGGGAAAAAAGACAAAGGAAUUCCUGAAUUUUAUGACUAUGAUGUAGCCCUGAUCAAGCUCAAGAAGAGACUCCAAUAUGGCAGUACUCUCAGGCCCAUUUGUCUCCCCUGCACUGAAGCAACAAAUCAAGCAUUGAGGCUUCCUCUGACAACCACAUGCCAGCAACAGAUGGAAGAGCUGCUUCCUGUUAAAGAUGUCAAAGCUCUAUUUGUGUCUGAGGAGAAGAAGCAGCUAGUUCGAAGGGAGGUGUACAUCAAGAAUGGAGAUAAGAGAGACAGCUGCCAGAGAGAUGCUAAAUUUGCGCCAGGCUAUGACAAAGUUAAGGACAUCUCUGAAGUGGUCACCCCCAGGUUCCUAUGCACCGGAGGGGUGUUUCCAUAUGCUGACCCCAACACUUGCAAAGGUGAUUCUGGUGGCCCCCUGAUUAUUCACAAGAGGAGUCGCUUCAUCCAAGUUGGUGUGAUCAGCUGGGGAGUAGUGGAUGUCUGCAAAAACAAGAGGCUGCUAGGGUCGUCACCUGCUUAUGCCCGGGAUUUUCAUGUCAACCUCUUCACAGUCCUUCCCUGGCUCAAGGAGAAACUCAAAGAUGAGGAUCUAGGCUUUCUAUGAGGGGCUUUCUGCUUGGAACAGAAAUUAAAACAGCUGCGACAAUA